GUCAUCAAAUUGCGACAUUAGCUACACCAUGCCAAAAAUUAGCAAACGUUUACCUAAAAAUAUGUAGCUGUAAGAGUGACAGAAUUAGCGAAUACAAAUAUUUUAUUUUACACAAAUCAAGGACUGUCUGUUCUCAGUCCAAAACAUAAGAAGCAACUCUUGAAAUAGCGUCAUUCGCGUCAGGAGGAAAAACGUGCUGUUUCAUCAGCUCGAGCAAGUUUAAUCUGUUCAAAGGUGUCAUCUGGCCUGCUUCCUGCUUUUGUUGAGGUGUCGACUUGUUUGACAGAAUGGACAAAGAUGAGCUGGUGGAGUACUUCAGGACACAAGUGAGACAGGACCCAGAGGUUCCCUCUGCUGUGGCAGCUAUCCGCACUCUCCUGGAGUUCCUCAAAAGAGACCAAAGUGAGACCAUCCUGGGCUUGAGAGAGAACCUGACCCAGACCAUCAGGCGUCUGGAGGAGGCUGACUCCUCUGUGGCUGUCUCGUCUGGUGGCGAACUGUUCCUCCGUUUCAUCAGCCUCACAUCACUGGAGCACCCUGAUCUCUCUCAAUGCAAGAAAGUGAUGGUAGAGAGAGGAGAGCUCUUUCUUAAGAAAAUCUCCCUUUCCAGGAGUAAAGUAGCAAAACUCUGCCAUACCUUUAUCAAGGAUGGUGCUAAAAUACUGACACACUCCUCCUCCCGGGUGGUUCUUAAGGUACUGGAGAGUGCAGCAGCUGACAAGAAACGCUUCACUGUCUAUGUCACUGAGUCACAACCAGACUCUGCAGGACGACAAAUGGCUGACAAAUUACAGAAUCUAAACAUUCCGGUCACAGUGGUUCUUGAUGCUGCAGUGGGGUAUAUCAUGGAAAAGGUGGACCUGGUGAUUGUGGGUGCAGAGGGAGUGGUGGAAAGUGGUGGUAUUAUCAACAAGAUUGGCACCUAUCAACUGGCUGUGUGCUCCAAGGCUCACAACAAGCCUUUCUACGUUGUGGCAGAAAGCUUCAAAUUCGUCCGACUCUACCCUCUAAAUCAGCAAGAUGUCCCAGAACGAUUUAAGUAUAAAGCAGACACACUAAAGGCAGUGGAAGACCUAGCAGAAGAACACCCCAUGAUUGACUACACACCACCAUCGCUGAUUACACUUAUUUUCACAGACCUGGGGGUCCUCACUCCUUCAGCAGUCAGUGAUGAACUUAUUAAGCUGUACUUGUAAACCACCACUAGAAUACUGACACAACCCCGUCAAGUGCAUCCAUUUCAACAAGUCACCAUUAAAUAUGUCAAUCCCCCAGGGAAUCUGCC